AUGUCAGUAACAAGUGCAUCUCAUCUAUGUCAGCAGCAAGUGCAUUUAUGUCAGCAGCAAGUGCAUCUAUGUCAGCAACAAGUGCAUCUCAUCUAUGUCAGCAGCAAGUGCAUCUAUGUCAGCAGCAAGUGCAUCUAUGUCAGCAACAAGUGCAUCUAUGUCAGCAACAAAUGCAUCUAUGUCAGCAACAAGUGCAUCUAUGUCAGCAACAAGUGCAUCUAUGUCAGCAAAAAGUGCAUCUAUGUCAGCAAAAAGUGCAUCUAUGUCAGCAAAAACAACAAGUGCAUCUAUGUCAGCAACAAGUGCAUCUAUGUCAGCAACAAGUGCAUCUAUGUCAGUAACAAAUGCAUCUAUGUCAGCAACAAGUGCAUCUAUGUCAGUAACAAAUGCAUCUAUGUCAGUAACAAGUGCAUCUAUGUCAGCAACAAAUGCAUCUAUGUCAGCAACAAGUGCAUCUAUGUCAGCAACAAGUGCAUCUAUGUCAGCAAAAAGUGCAUCUAUGUCAGCAAAAAGUGCAUCUAUGUCAGCAAAAAGUGCAUCUAUGUCAGCAACAAGUGCAUCUAUGUCAGCAACAAGUGCAUCUAUGUCAGCAACAAGUGCAUCUAUGUCAGCAACAAGUGCAUCUAUGUCAGCAACAAGUGCAUCUAUGUCAGCAACAAGUGCAUCUAUGUCAGCAACAAGUGCAUCUAUGUCAGCAACAAGUGCAUCUAUGUCAGCAACAAGUGCAUCUAUGUCAGCAACAAGUGCAUCUAUGUCAGCAACAAGUGCAUCUAUGUCAGCAACAAGUGCAUCUAUGUCAGCAACAAGUGCAUCUAUGUCAGCAACAAGUGA